AUGUCAGAGAAUGAAGGAUGGUGUACAAUUGAAAGUGACCCAGGUGUAUUCACAGAAUUAAUUACAAAAAUUGGUGUGAAAGAUAUUCAAGUUGAAGAAUUAUAUACAUUAGACUCAUCAGAAUAUGAUAGAUUAAAACCAGUAUUAGGAUUAAUAUUUUUAUUUAAAUGGGAAAAAGAAGAAGAGAAUAGAACAAUUUCUGAUAAUGAAAAUAUAUUCUUUGCAAAUCAAGUCAUUCAAAAUGCAUGUGCAACUCAAGCUAUCCUUUCAGUUUUAUUAAAUUCUGAAGGUAUUGAAUUGGGUGAAGAAUUAUCAAAUUUUAAAUCAUUUGUUGGUGAUUUUCCACCAAUGAUGAAAGGUGAAGCAAUUGGUAAUAGUGAAUUAAUUAAAGAAACUCAUAAUAGUUUUACAGUUCAAGACCCAUUUAUAUUUUCAAAGAAAAAGAAUAGAAAACCAUCAGAUGCAUUCCAUUUUAUAAGUUUUAUACCAUUCCAAGGUAAAGUUUAUGAGUUGGAUGGUUUAAAAAAAGGUCCAUAUUGUUUAGGUGAUUGUACCCCUGAUAAUUGGUUAGAGAUUGCCACUCCAUUCAUUCAAAAAAGAAUGGAAAAAUAUAGUCAAGGUGAAAUUAGAUUCAAUUUAAUGGCUGUAAUUAAAAAUAGACAAACUACAUUACAAGAAAAGAUUUUAACUUUAGAAAAGAAAAAAAAUGAUCUUGAAAUUAAAUUAUCUGAACUUAAUAGUGGUAGUGGUGGUGAUAAUAAAGAGGAAUCUGGUGGUGCAACACCAACAACAAAAGAAGAUUUAAAUUUUAUGAUAAAUGUUGUAAAUAAUGAUAUAGAAGAAGCAAAUAAUGAAAUUUUAAUGGAACAAGAGAAAUUUAGAAAUUGGAAAGAUGAAAAUAUUAGAAGAAAACAUAAUUUCACUCCAUUAAUCUUAAAUUUAAUUAAAGGUUUAGCUGAAAAAGAUAAUCUCCAACCAUUAAUUCAAAAAGCAAAAGAUCAAAUCUCUCAAAAACAACAACAACAUAAAUAA